UACAAGUUAAUGUAGAAGCUGUCAAUAGAAAAAAUGCAGAAUAUUACUGAAUAUAACACAUUGUACUUGUGGUGUAAUUCACAAUCUGAUUUUUACUAAACAUCAACCUCAUCUAUUUCUCCUUGCAGCCAUGAAUGAAUGGACAAGCAACCUAACCUCAUCCCUUAGUUCUGUAUUCAGCCAAGAGGAUGUAGUACACCAAGUGGUGGAGGUGAUUAAAUACCUUGGAGUCUCUUCAGCUAUGGACCUGAAGUAUGUGGGGGCAGAUGACUUUGCAGGAGUCCUAAAGCCAAUAGAAGCAAGAAAAGUUAUUGCCCACUUUAAAAGGUUAUCCUCAGGAAUGGGAAUGGUGGAUGAUUCCUCAAAUGCUGCUACUUCAAUAGAAGAGUCAAGCACUGGUGAAGAUUCCUUCUUUAAUGACCUUGAUGAUUCCGUCACCAGUGAUUACUCCACACCAGAGGUCACUGCCACAAGAAGGUCCGUUUUUUACGUGCGGUCACCCAGUGUGUCAAGUCAGUCUUCGCCCAGUGUGUCAAGUCAUUCUUCUCCCUGUGUGCCACGUCAGUCCUCUCAGUCUUCUUCAAGUGUGCCAAGUCAGUCUUCUCCCAAUGUACAAAGUCAGUCCUCACCCAGUGUGCCAAGUGCCUUUCCUUCAGCCACAGAAAAUAAUAGCUGGCAUUACAGCUUUGAUAUACCAUGGAAUAAGUUGACCUCAACUACAAGAAAUAUACUGGAAAAUGAGCAGAGGCCGUCUGCAGCAGAGAGAAGGGAGAUUAUAAGGAUUGUAGUUGCUGAGAUAUUAACUGCAUGCAAGAAACCAGGAAGGAGGCACAUUAUUGAGAUAGCGAGGAAAAUGGUAAUUCGCCACCCCAAAUCCUUUCAUGAUGAGAUUGAGGGCCAGGUUGUCGGCACUGGAUAUGACUCUAUUGUGAAACAGUUAAUGUCUCGAAUCGAGAAUUGCAGACGACUCCAAUCUCUUGCCAAUAAAAGGUGCUCUGAAAGUGGCAGCUCUGAGAAUGAUAAAAAAGUGCGCAAAGAUGCAUAUGGCUGCAUUAACCCUGACCCAGAGCUUCCUGCUGGUGAAACAAGAGAAUUACAAAAGAUAAAACAAGAAGAACUUAUUCAGAUGUUUAAAAACAAAGAUGAAGAUUCAAAGAAAAUGGAACAAUUAAUGUUGGAGACAUUUUCUUCACAGAGGAGAGACAUAUUGUCUGGACAAAAAGAGACAAAAGAUAUCAUUAGGGAGUGGCCUUUUCUUUUCCAUGAAACUGGAAUGAAGCUUCAUUUCAGGCAACUGACGGGCAUUCACAUUGAUGACUGCUUCGAAGAGUCCGCGGCUACCAAGUUCCGAAGAAUCUUCCGAUACUUCCAAUUUGUUCAAACUGAUCCAUCCAGCAGAAUAGGCUCUAUUCUGAGCCAAAGACUAGAAGGAUGUGAUGAAACUUGUGCUGCUGUUCUGAUGCUUCUAGCUCAUUUUAAAGAGCAGCAAGACAAGAUGUUUUUUCAUGUUGAUGACACUGCCGUGGCAACUGAUGUUGACACCACUAAGCUUCCAUGGACACCCUGCAUUGUGGUUUGUGGGAACAACCCACUCACUGCCAAGAUGUUCAUGAUUGCAGUGGACCAGGUCAUAAUUCAUGAUCAGCUUCCCAUCUUCAAGAACGCAUUCCAGAUGAUGUUCUGCUCAUAUUAUCUGCACAACAUUGAUUAUCCUGUGGAAAUUGGAGCUACUUUAGAAUUCCUACAGAGAUGCAUGUUUAAAAUUAACCCUGAUCAAGGGACAAAAGUCUCACGGAAGGAGAAAGGACGCCAGUACACGAUGAAUCCAAGAGUGCUGAGCCUAAUUUCUAAAAUUGCCAACUUUGAAUGGACCGAAUAAAUGAUACGUGAGCUAGAAGUUGACUGUUACCUGUUCUGCGGUGAUGGAAAGACAAUGCCAUGAGCACCAUGCAGUUUGUUUAAUGUUAAUCCUAACGUUCCCUUGUGUUCAUUACAGGAAUGUGUGUAUAUAUAUAUAUAUAGAUGUUUAUUCCAUGAGAGCUAUAUAUAUUGUGUAUAUUUUCCUGAUCUUGUUUUUCUUUGGUAUGUCCAGGACGUUU